UCAGCCGCUUUGCUCCUCCCCUGCUGUGCUGUACUGCACUGCAGCUUGGCUUGGUUAGCAUGUUGUUUGAACCCAGACUCAUGGUUUAGCUCUCUUCAGACUAACAGCAAGCUUUAGCGAAGGUUUGUCCUAUGGUUUGCAGCUUGUGGCUUGUGUGGGAGAACUAAAUGACGAACCAAAUAAACCACAGCUUAGCUCAGUGCAGUGCAGCAGCAGAGCAACCACAGAGAAGCAAAGCAACCACCAUUCCCUCUCCAGGAGCCCACAGGCUCAUAUGUUCAUGCUAAGCCAUGGUUUGGUUUAGUGUGAUGUGCAAACCAGGCCAUAAUAAAACAUCACAGACAGGAAUCAUACUCAAUACAGCUCAAAACCCCACUACAGGAAUACCCCGAUUAACAGACCCUCGUUUAACAGACCCUCGCGAUUGCGGACAUGAUCAAUACUCCACCAUACCCCAUUUAAAGUACGCGCGCUUUGCAAUUACGGACACUGACGGAACGCCCAAACUUGUGUUCCAUGUGCCACGUGGGUUGCGAAGCGUCGUCUCCCGUAGCGUUCAGAGCAACUCUGAGCGACUGCUGGCUUGAAGGUUCUCGUCGUUUACAGUAAAGAUCUUCUUUAAAUUGUUAGUACUAGAGUACUGUACUGUACUUUACUCUGUGCAGUACAGAGUGAUCGGAGCUCUGCCUGCCCCGGCCUAGGUCGGUGGCAGUAGUGUGUGUGUGUGUGGGGCACCUCGUGCUCUUUACUCUAGAUCCCCCUGAUUUCAUUUUAUACUUCUCCAUUGUCCCAUUUUAUACCUCCCCAUUGUCCCAUCUUCCUUUCCUGCUUUAAUUGAUUGUGAUAAAAAAAAUCUGUAGAUCCCCCUGAUUUCAUUUUAUACCUCUCCAUUGUCCCAUCUUCCUUUCCUGAAUACUUUUUUCUCUGUCUCUGCCCAUCAUUAGUUCUGGCUUUUGCCACUGCUGGCUUGUGACUACCAAUAGCGUGUGUGUGUGUGGGGUGAGUGUAUUGGGUUUGUUUUCCCUUGCCUUCAGUACUGUACAGUAUUACAGUACAUAAUGGCAGAUACAAAGAAAAGUCGUAAAUCUAUCACCUUCGAUAUGAAGCUUAAAAUGAUUAAACUGUCUGAUGAAGGUGUUUCUCAAGCUGAUAUAGGCUGAAGGCUAGGCUUCACUCGAACGACAGUUAGCACAGUCAUGAGCAGCAAAGAAAAAAUUCUUGUGGAAGUUAAGAGUGCUACGCCAGUGAACACAACAAAAAUUAGGAAAAGGGAUAGCGUUGUUGCAGACAUGGAGAGACUCUUAAUAGUUUGAAUAGAAAAUCAGACUGCAUGCCAGGUUCCUGUAAGCCAGGCAAUGAUUCAAAGUAAGGCCUUAAGCCUAUUCAAUGACCUGAAGGCUAGUCCAUCCAAAUCGCCAGCAAGAAAGCGUCUAGCCCUUGAUGACUCGACUUAUGAAGUAGAAGAUAUGCCCUCUCCUUCAUCCUUCCUGCAAUACAUGUAAAUUUGCAUUCAUCCAUUUUGCGUCUGCCAGCUGACAUUAAAGCGGCCCUACAAAGCUAGUGCUGAAGAAAUGACCAAAUACCACAGCGAUGACUACAUCAAAUUUCUACGGUCGAUUCGCCCAGAUAACAUGUCCGAGUACAGCAAGCAAAUGCAACGAUUCAAUGUUGGAGAGGACUGUCCCGUGUUUGAUGGCUUGUUCGAGUUUUGUCAGCUUUCUACAGGAGGCUCUGUUGCCAGUGCAGUGAAGCUGAACAAGCAGCAGACAGACAUUGCUGUGAACUGGGCUGGAGGCUUGCAUCAUGCCAAGAAGUCUGAAGCUUCGGGCUUCUGUUAUGUCAAUGACAUUGUCCUGGCCAUCUUGGAAUUGCUAAAGUACCACCAGAGAGUGCUGUAUGUCGACAUUGACAUUCACCAUGGCGACGGUGUGGAGGAGGCCUUCUACACGACAGACCGUGUCAUGACAGCAUCCUUUCAUAAGUAUGGCGAAUACUUCCCAGGAACAGGGGACUUGCGGGACAUUGGUGCAGGCAAAGGAAAAUACUAUGCAGUCAACUACCCUCUCCGGGACGGGAUAGAUGAUGAGUCCUAUGAAGCCAUCUUUAAGCCAGUGAUGUCUAAAGUGAUGGAGACAUUCCAGCCUAGUGCUGUUGCGUUGCAGUGUGGCUCAGAUUCUUUAUCAGGGGACAGGCUGGGUUGUUUUAAUCUGACCAUUAAAGGUCAUGCCAAGUGUGUGGAAUUCAUCAAAAGCUUUAACCUGCCCAUGCUGAUGCUCGGAGGGGGUGGCUACACAAUCCGCAACGUGGCCAGGUGCUGGACGUAUGAGACUGCCGUGGCGUUGAAUACAGAGAUCCCAAAUGAACUUCCAUACAAUGAUUAUUUUGAAUACUUUGGCCCGGACUUCAAGCUCCACAUCAGCCCCUCCAACAUGACCAACCAAAACACUAAUGAAUAUCUGGAGAAGAUUAAGCAGCGUCUCUUUGAGAACCUGCGGAUGCUUCCCCACGCUCCCGGAGUCCAGAUGCAGCCGAUUCCGGAGGAUGCUGUGCCAGAGGACAGUGGAGAUGAAGAUGAAGAAGAUCCCAACAAACGGAUUUCUAUCCGUUCAUCAGACAAGAGAAUAGCUUGUGAUGAGGAAUUCUCCGACUCUGAGGAUGAAGGGGAAGGUGGGCGGAAAAAUGUUGCCAAUUUCAAGAAAGCCAAACGGGCAAAAACAGAAGAAGAGGAGAAGGAGGAGGAGAAGAAAGAGGUAAAAGAGGAAGAGAAGGCAAAUGAGGACACUGCAGAACCCAAAGGUGUAAAGGAAGAGACAAAAUCGACCUAAGAAGAAGCUGGCAGCCGGGUAACCCCUCAGCCCUCCUUCCCUGGAUUAGCCUCUCUGGUACCCUCCCAUUCUGCAAGAUUUGUAUUUUAUAAGUUUCUGUAGAUAUUUCUAUAUAAAUAUAUUGGGGACUUGAGACCCAGGUGGAAUUCCUUGCUGCACUUCCCUGGGUGACCUGUGGGGAGGAUUCUACUUGACCCCUGAGAUACAGCUUGAGAGGUACUCUUACUCUUCUGUUCCUGAGGCUGCCUCAGUGGGGACAUGUGUGUGUUUCUCAUUUAAAAAAAAAAAUCUCCUUUUCCCUUGAACCUUCUCUUCUUUUGAAACUAUGAUCUCCAUUUGGAGGAUCAUAUACUCUGGGGUUUGGGUUUUUUUCCUGUCUUUUUCAUUUCUUAUUGAGGUAUGGAUACAGCCAUAAAACUUUGAGCAAGUUGGGAGUGGGGAGGAAUGGAACUUGGAGUUUCGAACAGUCAUACCCAGGAAAGAAUCUACUCUGUUCUAGGAAACUAUGAAUUGAUGCUGCUUCUCAGCAUCCCAAAGGCACAAUGAAUGAGUGGAGGAUGUAGCUACAGUCAUUGCCUCAAGGAAGGAGUCUUCCGGGGUCAGGCAGAAGUGUCGGUGGGAAUGCUCAUGAACGUCAAGUCUCCUUCUGUGGCUUCUCCUCAUGCUCUGGAGAGAUACAUACAUUUUCUCCAUGGAAGAGAGGGCAGGAGUGAAUGUUCAUCUGUCCUGCAUCAAAGGUUACUUGCAAUGUCAGCUUUGCACACACAGCUCACUUUUCUAAUCCUCUCUUGGCCCCUCAGGGCCCUUCCUUCAGAACUGGCUCAAAAGCCGAUAGCUGGUUUGUGUGAAAACUGGCCAGCAGGUGGUGGCACUUCAGAAGUGCAUCUUUUUAAAAGGCCUAUUAAGUAUCGCCAUGUUAUUUUAUAAAGAGAAAAGUUCCAGGGACAGUUUUAAGUACCUAUGCCAGCAAGCUGUGGGCAACUGGAGGGUUUUUUUGGGAGGGAUGGGUGGGAUGGGGGGUAGUGGAACAUACUUCCACAGAGCACCACCGUAAGGGGUCACCCCUAACGAUGCUGCUAAUUUAGCCAUGUCACUUGGGGGUGCGGGAGAGAAAGGUUUUUUAUUUUUUUAAGCCUCUGGUUUAGCUGUUUUUUAGUCUCUUGGAUGCGAGUUCCAUGCAGCUCUUCCUGCUCUUUGAUACUUGUAUUGGUGAAAUGAAAGAUCAUUGUAUUUGUGUCUUGGGGGGCGGGGCAGGGAAGAUAUAUAUAUUGUGGUGUUUUUUUUAAAAAAAACUUUUUAUUUUCAUUUUUUUGGAAGAAGAAAAAUCUUUGUAAUAAAAUUGGUCUGUUUCUCUGUU